AAGGAAGAGGCGGAAGUCCAAAUUGUCGCCUGGGUUCUGAAGCUUCUGUGAAGCCCCGACGGUUUCAGUUACACGCGAGCGAGUGAGCGCGUGAGCUGUGGUGGUGGUGCUGGCUGCGUUCUACUGAAUACAGGUUAUAAGUCUGAAGUUCUCGAUCCCUCUCACACACACACACACCCUGACAGCCGGACCACUAUGAGCAGCAAUUACAGCGUGUCCCUGAACGGACCCUCGCCCUGGGGCUUCAGACUGCAGGGGGGCAAAGACUUUAGCAUGCCUCUCACCAUCUCCAAAUUGUCUGAUGGAGGAAAAGCCGCCAUGGCGAGGAUCAGCGUCGGAGACGUCGUGCUGUCCAUCGACGGCAUCGCCACGAACACCAUGACUCACCUGGAGGCUCAGAACAAGAUCAAAGCCUGCACGGGCAACUUGAGCCUCACCCUGCAGAGAGCAUCCAGUGUUCCCAAAGUCGAAGUUCUCAAGGAAGAAUCACCAGAGAUAAUUAAACCUGUGCCCAUCAGCCACCCACCAGCUCCUGCCACUAGUGCCAUCCCCACCAACCCUCCCCCAAGUAGUGCCUACAACAAGACGGCCCGUCCAUUUGGAUCGUCCUCCAAUUUUAGAACAGUCAGCCCAUCCUCCACUCCUGCUGCACCCAAAGCCUCCAUCCCUUCUGCCUCCUCAGCUUUUACCCCUGCUGCUCCUUCCCAACAACCUCCACCACAACCCACACAAGGCCCACAACCUCCCUUCCCACUGGCGAGCAGCUCCACCUCUCGCACAGUCUCCUCACUUAACCCUGCCAACAAACCUGGCUCUGCUUAUUCCCCCUUCUCUCACUCCUCCUCCUCUUCCUCGUCCUCUGGCUCAUCUUCACCAGCCAGAGUGACAGGCCCGGCUCCCUCAUCUGCUCCUGUUGUCCCACAGUCUUCAGUCUAUAACACGCCAAUCAACCUGUACUCCAAUGAAAACGCAUGUGAGGUGGCUAUGGGUCAAAGGCGUGGCCUACUGGAGCAACAGGGUGGAGUGGAGCAUCAGAAUGGAGUUCCCCGGAAGCCCAUCACAGAUACAGAGCUGGUGGUGAAUCAUGUCCCUCACCUGAGCGACGCCAGUAAGAAGCGUCUGAUUGAGGACACGGAGGACUGGCGCCCACGCACCGGAACCUCUCAGUCCCGCUCCUUCCGCAUCCUGGCACAGAUGACUGGCACAGAGAACGAACAAGCCCACGAGAAUAAUCCAGGAAAGAACGAGGCUGUAGAGGACGUCCAUGCGAACACCCAUGCUACGUCCGUGGUUAAAACCAUGACCAAAGUGUCACGCACUGGGAAUGGAGUCUCUCCACCUACCGCUGUGCCUGCCAAGAGCUGGCAGUCUGGAAACACCGCAGGACUUCCUAAAGCAGGUGUGCCAGCUGUGCAUACAGGACGGGUGACUGGCGGCGUUCCAAAGGGUCCUGACAGGCCCACACCCCAACCUCACCCCAAAGAUCAGGAUUCAUUGGUGCAGCGAGCAGAACACAUCCCUGCUGGUACUCGUACUCCCAUGUGUGGUCACUGCAACAUGGUUAUCAGGGGUCCAUUCCUGGUGGCUAUGGGGAAGUCGUGGCACCCGGAGGAGUUUAACUGCGCUCACUGCCGCAGCUCUCUGGCCGAGGUGGGCUUUGUUGAGGAGCGCGGUGCUGUUUACUGCGAGCACUGCUACGAGCAGUUCUUCGCCCCCGCCUGCUGCCGCUGCCAGCAGAAGAUCCUUGGGGAAGUGAUCAAUGCCCUGAAGCAAACCUGGCAUGUGUAUUGCUUCCUGUGCACCUCCUGCCAGCAACCCAUUCGCAACAACACCUUCCACCUUGAGGAUGGACAGCCCUAUUGUGAGAGGGACUAUUACAGUCUUUUUGGUACCAGUUGCCAUGGCUGUGACUUCCCCAUCGAGGCAGGGGACAAAUUUCUGGAGGCUCUGGGCUUCACCUGGCAUGAUACCUGCUUUGUGUGUUCGGUGUGCAACACCAGUCUAGAGGGUCAGACCUUCUUCUCCAAAAAAGACAAGCCACUGUGCAAGAAGCACGCACACACUGUCAAAAUCUGAUCUGCGAGAAAAGAGGACGAUGGGAGAAAAGAGGAUAAAUUUGUUGUUGAUGUUUUUUCUCAAUAAGCUUUAAUGUUUAUUAUAAGAGAGUGAUUUUUAAGAUAUCGAUAAAGACGUUACUGGGAAAAGUGGUUAGUUCUUGAUAAGCUGAUCGUUGGAUUAAAUACCGUAUGUCACUAGUCUUUAAUGUUUUUGGUGUUUGCUGUGUGGUGUUUUAUGAAAUAAAGUAUUGAUGCGAAUCGUGAAGCUUUCAAAGACAGUAAUAUAUCUUUUUUUUUUUUUUUUUUAAAGCCCUGUGCUUUAAAUAUUUCUCUACUUCUCAAAGGACUUACUAAUGAGAGCUGGGUGUUUUUUGCUUGUGCCAUUUUAAAUGUACUGUUCUCAUGGUGUGUCUUUACUUUUUUCUAUUGCUAAUACAUUUGUUAUAAUGAUUUGUAUUAAAAAAAAACAAAAAAAACCUUGUCAACAUGACCGAGUGAGAUCAGAUAUUUUUUUAAACUAAUUUACAAAGAGUUUUGUUCGUGUGCGCUGGACCUUUUCUCCCAGGCUUCAUUAAUAAAGGAUGUUUUAUCCGAGUGCCUCUUAGCACGUACGUAGGUGUUGCUUCAGAGCUCCAAGUUUGAUCAGCACUCCUCUCACUGCUCCAUCUGGAACAUCCUCCCAGAUAUAUUUAUUGAUUCAUUUACAGGCUUCCUGAUGGCUUUGCAAAUAUUUCACAGACUUCUGUUGACUGUUGAGAGGAAAAAUUGGUUUAACAGUUAACGGGGAUGUUUUAUUUCUGAUGCAUUUUCCAGCUGUGUUGAACCAGAACCUGAACUCCAGUGUACGCCGCAUGUCCGUGCAUUACUUCAGCUACAAUGAGCACACAAUAAUUCUUAAGAUUUCACUUUUAUGAGCUCUAACGUGCAGUCUGGUUUUAUGAUCUGUUUUUGUUUUUUUUUUAUUCUCCAGCCGUUAUGCAAAUGUUUGCUAUGAAACAGGGAAAAUAAACACCGUUCUUUACAAGCUUUCCGCCUCAAGCUCUAGUAAAUAUUCAGACCAACUGUGUUACAGCUAAUAUUGUUAAAAAAUAAACGGUUUGUUUCUAUGGUGA